ACUUGCAAAUACCAAUCUGAAAUUGAAAAAUGUGAAUUCAUUUGUGGGUCGGUAUGUGUGUUAGGAAUGAAAAAUGUAAAUUUAUAUCUGCUCAAACAAUGUGGAAAAAUAGUCAACGAACUCCUCAAGAAACGAAAGCAUAAGGCCUAGGGCAAGCACUUUUGUGGCUUUAGAAUUUCAAUUUUACUCUGACGGUGGAAUUAGAUAGCAAGCUAGAAUUGAGUGCAAGUUUAAAUGCUUGCUGAAAUGUUUUUCCCCCUCUGAAUUUCUAAUGUUUUUGUAAUUGGGUUGUUGUGAAUCAGGAGGAUGAUGAGUGAUUACAAGGUGGAAAUGAUCAAUAAUGCCACGCAACAGUUUUUUGUUGAAUUCCAUCGACCUAAGUUACACACAGUCCUUAUCAAGAAGGCAUAUGGAAGAUAAGAGUGGAGCUACCUGAUGCUUAUCCUUAUAAGUCUGCUUCUAUUGUUUUUGUCAACAAAAUUUACCAUCCUAAUGUUGGUGAAAUGUCUGGUUCAGUUUGUUUAGAAGUUAUUAACCAGACUUGGAGUCCCAUGUUUGAUCUUGUUAAUGCAUUAGAUCCAUUGAAUGGUGAAGCUGCUUCCUUGAUGAUGCGAGAUUGUGCUGCAUAUGAACAAAAAGUUAAAGGUCCUUGUCAAGGUGUCUGGAAGACAAGAGUGGAGGAGCUAGUCUCCUUCAAUUGGUUUUGUCAACAAAAGUUAUUAUCCUAAUGUUGAUGAAAUGUUUCAACUUUGAUCUUGUGAUUAAUUGUACCUAUCUCUUCAUACUGCCAGGAAACCCUUCAUUUCCUUGAUGUCACCGCCAUUUUUGUGAUGUUCUGUGUUUGUACAAUCAACAUAAACCAAAGGGCAAGCUAGGUUCUUCUUUGGCUCCUUUAUUUUUGUUAUAAAAUUCAAAACAUAUCUAGUAUAGAAGUAGAGUCAAAAGUUCAUGGCAAACGGGUCAUCCCUUGAUCGGCCUGAAGCUGAAACUUUUACUGAAUUUCAUAAAAAUGGCGGUUGUCUUGUCGAGGGUCGUGUUGAUAGUGCUGAUCAUGACAAUGACAAGGCUAAACAAAAAUCUUUGUUUUUUCAACUUUUUUCGGCUUACCUAAAGGAGAAUUGUAGUAGAGGCAAUGUGAGGCCAGUGCCGGUCAUGCUCGGUGAGGGUCAAUUGCUUGAUUUAUAUCAAUUGUUUGCCCUUGUGAAGGAAAAAGGCGGGUAUGAUGCGGUAUCGAGAAAAGGGUUGUGGAAUUCUGUGAUAGUUGAACUGGGUUUGGACCUUCGUAUUCUAGCUUCAGUGAAAUUAGUUUUUGACAAAUAUCUGAAUGAUUUCGAAGGUUGGCUCAGGAAAUCUUUCGAAGAGAAGAGUUUAAAAAAUGGGAAUGAUGGGUUGAACUCAUUGCCAAUAGAUCUAGAAAAAGAGUUUCAAAACCUUUUUUGCUCAAAUCUGAAGGACAAAGAUGAUGAUUUUGUCCCGUUAGAAUCGAGUAACAUCAUAAAGCACAUUGAUUUGGUUAACCAGAAGAGUGAUGGUUAUUUAUUGGACACUAAAAACCAAAAUAACAAAUGUGACGGUGUCCAAAAUGUUAACAGUUAUGGUAAUGGCGGCGACGAUGAAAAAUUAGGCACUGGUGUUAAGGAUGUUAUGACCGCCUCUUGUGUUGAAACUGAGAAGGAAUUUAAUUCUCGCAAACGUAAUCGGGAAUCGCCUGUAGCUCAACCAUUAACAGAACCAUCAAAGGGGAAGGAGUAUAAAGGAGACCAGGACAUUUUUGUUCAGAUGCUGCGGGCACGAGAUGUUCUGUCGGUCAGAAAGCAUGCAGAACCAAACCGUGGAUCAUCAUCCAAGAAGGUGAAGAUGAAUCCUGCCAAGUAUGAGGAUCUGAGACGUAGUAAAAGGCUGUCUGUUGCAAAGUUGCACGGUAUGGAAUCAGAAAAAAUUCCGAUGGAGAAAACAACUAGCAAACCAGAUGUCAUGAUCAAGAAGAAAAAAUCAACUUCCAAAGCAGCUGUGACAAAAAAGAAAAUAUCAACUGCCAAAGCAGCUGUGACUGAAGAGAAAAAAUAUGACCCAUUUAGUGAUGAUUCUCGUGAUGUUUCUGUUGGUCCUCUUUUCCAAGUGGAAGUCCCACAAUGGACUGGUAUAGUUUAUGGGAGUGACUCUAAAUCUUUAGGCACACAAGUAUGGCCUGUUAAAGAUGAUUCAAGACCUACCACAGAAACAGAUCUUAUUGGUAGAGGAAGACAAGGAAAGUGUAGCUGCAAUGUUCAAGGUUCAGUUGACUGUGUAAGAUUGCAUAUUGCUGCAAACAGGAUGAAGCUGAAGUUUGAAUUAGGUUCGGCAUUUUACCAUUGGGGAUUUGAUAAAAUGGGCGAGGAAGUUUCACUUCAAUGGACAGGUGAUGAAGAAAAGAGAUUUAAGGAUAUAAUGAGUCUAAAAAUCCCCUCCCAAAACAAGUCUUUUUGGAACAAUCCAUCCAGUUACUUUCAAAAGAGGACAAGAAAAGACAUGGUGAGUUAUUACUUCAAUGUAUAUCUUAUUCAACUAAGAAGUUAUCAGAAUCGAGUGACUUCGGAGACUGUUGACAGUGAUGAUGACGAAAUCGAAUUUGAAUCUUUUGGUGAUGGUUUCGGGAGGAAAGCUAUCAAGCGUCCAUCAAUUGAAUUCAAGGAGUGCUCAGAGAACAAGUAAUGCUUUGAUUUUAAGUAGACAAAACAGUCUGAUAAGCCGCCAUUUGAGGAAGAAAUUGGAGAAGCUGCAAUUAAUUGUCUUACGUGAUUCUGUUUAUGCUGUAAAACUUUGUUUUCACUUUUCGACUACAUUUGUGCUGUAACCCUAGCCGUUUAGUCGGAGCGCUUUGAAGUGUAUGGUUUUAUUUAGACAUUUGUAAGUUAAAAUUAAAUAGUUUAUUUGUGGCAGGUCUUUGACUUUGGAAUAGUUUUUA